UGGCUCCGCCCUUGCCGGGCUCACGGAGGCUCGGCUGCGGCGGGCGCAGCGGGCCUCAUGGCGGCCGGGCCGCCUACCUCUGGUACCGCCGUAUCCGCAGCCGCCUACCCCGACUCCCCCGUGGAGCUCCCCGCUCGCCUCCGGGCCGGCGCCAUGCGGAGCCGCUUCUGGGGCGUGCUCAACUGUCUGUGUGCCGGCGCGUUCGGGUCUCUGGCGGCCGCCGCGGCCAAGCUGGCCUUCGGCGGGCAGGUGAAUAUUGGCGUGUGUGUCUUAGGCAUUAUUGCCAUGGCAAGCACCAAUUCUCUGAUGUGGACCUUCUUUAGCCGGGGCCUCAGUUUCUCUAUGUCUUCAGCCAUUGCAUCUGUCACAGUGACAUGUUCGAACAUACUCAGCUCGGCCAUCUUAGGCUACGUGCUGUACGGAGAAUGCCAGGAGGUCUUGUGGUGGGGAGGGGUGUUCCUCAUCCUCUGUGGACUCACCCUGAUCCACAGGACGCUCCCACCCACCUGGGAGGCAAGCAAGCAGCAGUGACGCAAAUCGGUUGCAUAGACCCACCGUAGAGGUGACCGCGAUGCCCAGCCAGGGGUUGGCAAGUAGGACUGCCACCAGGGUGGCCUGGGAGUGCAGCCUUUGACUGUCGGCCGUAAGGAGAUGCCCGGCCAACCGCAGGCCUCUGGCCAGCUCUCAGCCUGGAGUGUUGGAGCAUUAGCUCCUGUAAAAUGACGAUAACCACUCCAGCAUGAGGCCCAAACCCUUCGUGUUGGUACAGGGCUCCGAUUCGUGGGCUCCAGGGCUGCCCUGCAUCCUCCAACCUGACCAUGACCCUUCACACACCCCGGAGUCGGCAGCUGGUGGGAAGCACCCUUGUAAUGUGUCAGGUAGUCUGUCAACGCCUAUGAAUCCACAGCAAAGGAAGGAAACUUGGGCUAAUAAAUCCUACUUUAUAAGAUAAA